AUGAGUUUGUAUUUUUCCGAAUCUGUGGAGCUUCCUCUUACCCAUCCUGAGUAUUAUGAGGAGAUGGGAAUAAAGCCCCCAAAGGGGGUCAUUCUCUAUGGUCCUCCAGGAACAGGUAAAACGUUACUGGCCAAAGCCGUAGCUAACCAAACCUCAGCCACUUUCUUGAGAGUGGUUGGCUCAGAGCUUAUUCAGAAGUACCUAGGCGACGGGCCCAAGCUCGUUCGGGAGCUGUUCCGAGUUGCUGAAGAACAUGCACCGUCCAUUGUGUUCAUUGAUGAAAUCGAUGCCAUCGGGACCAAAAGAUAUGAUUCAAACUCUGGAGGUGAGAGAGAAAUUCAGCGAACAAUGUUGGAACUGCUGAACCAGCUGGAUGGAUUUGAUUCGAGGGGAGAUGUAAAAGUCAUCAUGGCCACAAACCGAAUAGAAACUUUGGAUCCAGCACUUAUCAGACCAGGCCGCAUUGACAGGAAGAUCGAGUUCCCCCUGCCUGACGAGAAGACCAAGAAGCGGAUCUUUCAGAUUCACACGAGCAGGAUGACCCUGGCUGAUGACGUAACCUUGGAUGACUUGAUCAUGGCAAAGGAUGACCUGUCUGGGGCCGACAUUAAGGCAAUCUGUACAGAAGCUGGCCUGAUGGCCCUGCGGGAACGCAGAAUGAAAGUUACAAAUGAAGACUUCAAAAAAUCUAAAGAGAACGUUCUUUAUAAAAAACAAGAAGGCACCCCUGAGGGGCUGUAUCUCUAGUGACCCACAGUUCCUUCAGGGAAGUUAGUGAGUUCCCCGUACCCCCAGGAGGAUGGGAAGCUGCCCAAGGAAUCCAUUUCCCAGUGAGUUUGCUAGUAGACAGCCUGUCUUGAAGGAUGCUGUGCAGGGUGCCCACUAGGUGUCUCCGUGUGCGGUCAUCGUGUUGUGCUCUCUGCUCCCAAUAAAGGGUUGUCUGGUUUGCUUUCAA